AUGAACAUAGUAAAGGUUGCAGGGUUGCUGGUGCUGGUAGCAAUUGGCUCCAAUGCAGAACCAAACAGCACUGAAUGUGAUGGUUUGACCCACAGGUUACAAACAAAAGACCUGCACAAGGCUGAGAAGGACAAUGUGGUGGUGGAGUCUGAGAGCGACACAGCAGCUCAGCCGGAUAAUGAGCCUAUCUUCAGGGUUCAUGGUUGUGUGAUGUACUACAUCAACGCAACACAGCUUUCUGUGAAUGACACUGAGCACCUCUCACUGCAUGGUUAUGCCCUCGGAUAUGGGGCAUCUGGAAUGGAUGAACAAGACUAUUACAAUCUCACAGCAGACAUUGAUUUCUAUGAGCCCUGCCCUGACUGUCUGCUGAUAAUCUACAAACUCUCAGACUGCCAAUACUUUCUCAGCUACAGGAAGGAAGGGUCACAUCGGGAUGUUGACCAGCACAAAGCUGCUCACGAUGACCAUAAGAAACUGUCUGAGUGUAUGGGAAUCUUUCAGGAUAAACCGUACAUCUACGAUGGAGUAAGAGAUUUUUGUCAUAAGAAAUCAGUUCCAGAUGCAAACGCUUGA